AAUUUUCAGGAUUUCAGGGCUGCGAUGACCAAGAUGAGAACGUUUUCUUACGUAAAUUAUUACAGAAAAAUAUUAAAAAAUGCACAACUACGAAGAUAUUGUACGGCGGAUACCGACAGUAAAGUUAAAAUGGAGAAAAUACGCAACAUCGGCAUAUUGGCACACAUCGAUGCAGGUAAAACGACAACGACAGAGCGAAUGCUGUUCUACUCGGGCACUAUCCGCACGAUGGGGGAGGUGCACCACGGGAAUACGGUCACCGACUACAUGGAGCAGGAGCGCCAGCGAGGGAUCACUAUUACUUCUGCGGCAGUAUCAUUCCAAUGGCGAGGCAGCCAGAUCAACCUAAUAGACACACCGGGCCACAUUGACUUCACUAUGGAGGUUGAACAGAGUCUCGCUGUCCUCGAUGGUGCCGUGGUUGUGCUGGACGCUUCAGCAGGUGUAGAAGCGCAAACCCUCACGGUAUGGCGGCAAGCGAGCGCGCACCGCGUGCCUCGGCUACUCUACCUUAACAAGAUGGACCGCGGAGACGCCAGCGCGGCACUUUGUGUAGACUCCAUCAGAGACAAGCUGCAGGCGGACCCGCUGCUGCUGCACGAAGCAGUGGUGCAUGAGGGCAGGCUUGUUGGUUUAAUAGAUCUGGUAGCCAAAGAAGAAAUCAUCUGGACACAAGGCCGCGGGCAGAACUUAUUACGACGCAAAUUAACAGAAAAAGAUGGCCUUAGAUGGGAAAAAACUCUCGAAAAUCACACGGCUCUUAUCGACCAACUAUCAUCUUUAGAUGACAGUCUAGCGGACACCAUUAUACAGCAAGAAAGCUUAGAUAACUUGCAGACAGAAGAAAUUCAUGCUGCUAUAAGACGAUGUACGCUGAAAAUGUCAGCGUUUCCCGUACUCUGUGGAAGCUCUUAUAAAAACAUCGGAGUUCAAACGUUAAUGGAUGGUGUUAUACAAUAUCUGCCAUCACCAUUAGAGGCGAAUAAUUUAUACAAUUGCUUUGGGAGUGACUUAGCGGCGCGGGCGUUUAAAGUACAGCAUGAUGAUCAGAGAGGAGUGCUUACGUUCUUGAGGCUGUAUAGUGGGGAGAUUGCUAAGGGACAGAAGAUUUAUAAUUUGGGACAGGACAAAAGUGAACAGGCAGGAUCCCUGUAUAUGGCGCUGGCGGACGAGUAUAAGCCAGUGGAGCGAGUCACGGCGGGAAAUAUUGCUGUCGUCAGUUCGCUCAAAGCGACCAUGACUGGUGACCUGGUGACGUCAACCCAAGCAGCGGCGAGUCGCGCCAAAUCUCGCCUCAUUUCCUCGUUAAAGGAUCCCAAAUACGCUGAACACGUGAUGCCGCCUAGCGCUCUGAAUAAAUUAGCUGUAGCGGAAACCGAGCCUAGUGCUGAGGAGAUGGCCGAUGUUUUGCUGGGGAUUGGUACAACAAUCCCUGAGCCCGUGUUCCUUUGCUCCAUUGAGCCUCCGAGCGCGGCCUUCCAGAGCGCCCUCGAGACGGCCCUGGCCGAGCUGGCCCGCGAGGACCCCAGCCUGAGGGUCGUCACGGACGACGAGUCCGGGCAGCUGGUGCUGGCAGGUAUGGGCGAACUCCAUCUCGAAAUAAUAAAAGAACGCAUCAUCCGCGAGUACAAAAUAGACGUCGAACUGGGUCCAAUGCAGAUCGCGUACCGCGAAGCGUUGCUCGGCAGCGGCAAGCAAACUAUGGCGGUCGACCGCAAGAUGGCGGGCGCGAGGCAGCAAGUCAAGGUCACGUUGUCAGCGAAAAAUGUUAAGGGAGUUGCUGCUGAUAAAGUAUUAAGGAUGGACAAGUCAGCAGAGAGUGCGGCGAACCUAGCACAUCUGCACCCGCGCGCGCUGGCCGCCGCGCGGCGGGGCGUCGACACGGCGCUGCUGCACGGACCCAAGCUGGGCUGCCCGAUGGUGGACGUCCAAGUAACGUUGCACUGGUUUGAGGUGACGCGCGGCACGUCAGACUCCGUGGUCGCCGCCACCGUCGUACAAUGCUUGAGGAAGGUAUUCGAAGAAGCAGAAGCCAUGCUGCUAGAGCCAGUGAUGCUGCUCCAGGUGGUGUGCCCCGAGAGUCACUCGGCCCGCGUCAUGGCGGACCUCACUCGCCGGCGCGCCGAGAUACUACACGUACAUAUGAGGCACCACAAUAAGGUAAUAGACAGCAUCACCCCACUCUCGGAGCUACUAGGAUACUCCUCUACGCUCCGUUCGCUUAGCUCUGGACUGGCUUCCUUCACCAUGGAGUUCCAUUCGCACCGACAGAUGGCGCCACACGACGAGGAAAAAGCUAUACGCAGUGUCACGGGAUUCUAGCCUUUAGAUUAUUAGACGACUGACGUUGAUUUAACCAUUUUGAUAUAUGUAGGAUACUCUACGAUCUGGUCGCUUAAUUCUGGACCGGCUUCGUUUACCAUUAUUCGCACCGGCAGAUGGCGCCAGAUGACGAGGAGAAGUGGAAUCGAUUUGUAACCUCUAUGAUUAAUAGACUAUCAUUAAAAAAAGCAGCAGGAGUGUAUAAUGGGAAAACUAAAAAAAUUACUCUUACAGAAGUGAGAACUUUCGUGUCCAUAUGUCGAACAAGUAAUGUUAGCCGCGUCACGCGUAAUAGUUGCGCACAUAGCCAACAGCUAAAGACUUAAAUGGAAGUGAACAAGUGAGUACAGGAUAUUUAUGUGAAUAUGAGUGUAGGUUAUAGUGGCUGAACUUGCCGACUCCCAAGACUUAGUACAAAAUGUAUAAAAAUAUGUAAAAACAUAUAUGUUUUUCCUGUUACUGUAUUUAGAAAUUAGGUAUAUUAAAUACAGA